UAUAUAUACAAUACUUGGAUUAAUAGUAGGUUUGCAUUCGCGAGAAUCGCGAUUGGCGAGCCGUAAGUAAGCAAAACUCGCGGGCGACGGUCGACACGAAAUAAUUCCGCAUACGAGAGGUUAGAAACGCUUCUUCGUGUUGCUUGUUUAUAUAGCUGACCCGAGAGUGUUCGCUAUCAGAUCAGUAAAUCAGUUAGCCCACAUGAGUGUCACGUAGACACACACACACACACGCACACACACACAUAGUAUAUGUAUACAUAUAACUAAGCAGUUUAUUGCUACGGAUUAUUUAUCAUCCGGAUCCGGCUCCGCGCGCAGCAGCACACCAAAGAGAGAGAAGUCACGCUGCACGAAUCGCAGCAAUUGCAAGCUGCACCAGAAGCAAGGGCACUGAUCCAGCUGCCUUUUAUCUACUUCGUGUUAAUUCCUCGUCGCUCUCUGUAGCAGGUUCAACAAACAUGGUUGUACUGAGCAAUUUUCUGGCACCUCAGGAAGGAAUUCGCCAUGAAGAGCAACAAACAACACUAUACAUCAACGACAGAGAAGUUGGCAAAGGAACUUUAUACAUCACGGAAAGUUUGCUGUCAUGGGUCAACAACGACACUCGACAGGGUUUCUCUUUGGAAUAUCCUCAUAUAUCCUUACACGCUAUUUCUCGAGAUGAGCAAGUUCAUCCCAGGCAAUGUCUGUAUGUAAUGGUCGAUGCCAAAGUAGACUUUCCAGAUUCUCCAACAUUACAGUCAAAUAAUGAUAGCAAUGAAAGCAAUAACACAAAUGAAAAGAACAACGAUGACAACGACGAUGACUCUGAUGAUGAUGACUCUGAUGCACCGAUUACCGAAAUGAGAUUUGCACCAGAUAACACAAAUAGUUUAGAUGCUAUGUUUCAAGCCAUGAAUGAGUGUCAAGCACUUCAUCCAGACCCUCAAGACAGCUUUUCUGAUGCUGAAGAAGAUAUUUAUGAAGAUGCAGAGGAAGACGACUUUGAGUAUUAUGAAGCAGGUGCAGGAGAUGCUCCAUACAUUAUACCCGCAGAGGAAGUUGGGGCAAGCCAUAACGGUACUGAAGCAGAAGAGGCUAUGGAGGUUGAAGCAGGUCAAUUUGAAGAUGCUGAAGAAGAUCCUUAAAGGAUAUAAACAAUGGAUCUUGGCUUGUACUCUCCUGCAUUUAGUUACAAAUAAUCUAUUCUGUGUAAUUCAUUUCACGCAUAUCCUCGUAGAUGAUACACUAACCAUUAUCGCAUGCACAGAAAAGAUGUAACAAAUCUCUCAAAUCACUGAACUUUAUUUAUAUUCAUUUUGUACAUGGCGGUUUCAUAGAUAAAAAGGUAAUAAGUAAACAUCGGUAUAGUCUAUUUAUUCAUCAUUUGUAAAAGAAAAAAUCAUUUUUUAUACAAAAUUUUUUAUAGUUCUCACCAUAAUUUGUAAGAAAGCAUUUGCAUGAAUUUAUAGCAUAAGAAAUUAUUAUUUCUUUGCAAACAAUGAAAUUAAAUUGCGGCGACAAUUUGAGAAUCACCUGUUGCCGUUCUGGCAAUAUCACAAACUUAAUAGCGACAGUCAAAGAGCUUUUUUUUAUCUGAUUUUAUAAAUAACACAUCAGCAGCGCAUUGACAAAUAAUGAAUUUCGUGGACACGACCAGUGUACUAUUAUAAAAAUGUGUAUUUACAAAAGCACUACAUUAUUCUAGAAUCCUAUUAUAGCUCAAUGCAUGAACGUUAUAAUUGAUACUACAAGAGAAGCUUAUAUUGUAAAAAUUAUUAUUAUUUUUUUUUAUCAAUUUUAUACAAUCACUGAACAUUUCGUUACUUUACAAGUAUUUAUGUAUUUCAAAUAUUUUUAAAAAAUAUAUAUUUAAGUAACUGUA